AUGUCAGGUACUGCUCCGAAAAUGAUCAUUACGGACCAGGAUGCAACCAUGGCUAAGGCGAUCGUGCAAUCUCUCCCUACGACAUAUCACAUGUAUUGUAUAUGGCAUAUAAUGAAUAAGUUCUCAAAGAAACUGAACAGUAGAUAUAAUACUGAGGAAUUGCAUAAUUGUAUAUGGGAUAUAGAUAGGAAGGAAGAAUUUGAUGUCAAAUGGCAGGAAGUAGUUGGAAAAUUCAUCGUAAGAUUUGAGAGAGCUCUUGCUCAUCAGCGCCAUAAGGAGUUGAUAGGUGACCAUAUUGAUCACAAUGAAGUACCUCGAACGCAACUGUCUACUCCAAUGGAAAGAAAAGUUAUGGACAAUUACAUGAGGGAAAUGUUAUAG